AUGGAAUCCCACCGGAAGAGCGGGAGGCCGACGCGGUCAGCUUCAAUUGGGUGUCCUGACCCCGUGACCUCGUGGUCAGCAGACUCGUGGAAUGAUGACGCAUUCGGGCACAAUUCACUCCGGGACUCGAACCCAGGCCGUUGCAGGUCGGCGGAUACGGGAUACAGAGUGUCAGCGACUGGCUUCAACUUGCUUGCCUCGCUCACUUUCGACGUGCAUCAUACCUGGCCAGCCUCAUGCAAUCCACUCGAACGGCGACUUGGUGUCCGUAGAGUGUGCACCUACCACGCUUUGGCGGGUGGGAUACUCGGUUUCGACCGAGGAAGCUGUCACCCUGUAGACCCUUCUGUCCGGUCCUGA